AUGUUCCCCAUUCCAGCUCUCAUCGACAUACCCGGCUACGGUCCCGUAUCCCUGACGGUGUUCGUCUACGGCGCCGUAGCCGCCUGGGUCGCCGUCUGGAUCUUCAGUUACCGCGAUGGCACCGCGCUCGGCAAUGACCGCAACAGGUAUCGCAAGGACCUUUACUCGCCGCACACGACGUGGUUCCUCGGAAGUCUCCCCUUCGUCCUGGCAACGAGACACAAGUUACUCGAGGUUAGUGUUCGGAGUUGCGCCGUUGCGGGAGGCGCUUGAGCGGGGGUGGCGGUUUGAGAUUGACCCGAUGGGAGGGGAGCUGCCCGAAUGGCCGAAGCAGGCCUCGGGUCUCACCUCGGAUCCCGGGGUCUGCGUGAGAGCUUGGUCGCCCCCCUGCGCACCUAAGAAUGCUCGCCAUGCGACAACGUCUGCGACGGGAAUGACGUCCAGUCUGCAGCUCUACCCAGCUAUACUUAGGGUUCAUACAGUCACUGAUCACACAUACCCACUUCUUCGCAUAUGCGAUACUUUUCUCCGUCGUGCUGCGCAGACAUGGGGAGAGGAACGCGCCAAGAUGGAGCGCAACCCUGAGCACCACGGCAAGUGGCUCAGUUGGUCUGCACCCUAUGGUCGGCGCGUGAUCGACAUCAGUAGACCAGAUCUCAUCGAAUAUGUCCAGAAGGUGAGUCGACCAGCUUCGACGAUCCUCUGACAACUUUAUGUGUCCAGCUCACAAUUUUCUUCGACUUAUCGGCAUUCCGAUCGACGUCAACAGACGAACUUCCAGAAUUAUGUCAAGGGCAAGCAGUUUUACCUCAACAUGGAGGCCGUGCUCGGAGAUGGUAUCUUCAACGUUGGUAUGUCAACGUCUCCGACGUACGAUGUCUUUCCUUUUCUUUCGGAUGCUGAACAUUCUUCUGUGGCCUGCGCAUCGUGUGUUAAGACGGACACGCCUGGACCUUGCAGCGCAAGGCUACCUCCAAGAUUUUCAACGGUAAAUAUCCGCUCGCUCGAUCACACCACCGCUUAUGACUGAUCAAAAACUUGGCCUGCUUUGGAUUUCACUAGGCAACGCCUUCCGAGGCAUCAUCGCCCAGUCGAUCGACAAGAACAUCGAGCGCCUUGUGACCAUCAUCAAGCGUCACGCCGACAAGGGCGAAGUCUUUGACCUCUCUCAGCUCUUCUUCCGGUUCACUCUAGAGUCGUUCGGUGGGAUGGCUUUCGGGUGCGACAUCGGUGCCUUGUCGACCGAGACGGACGAGCCGGUCCCUUUCACAGCCGCUUUCGACUAUGCCCAGGUCGUCCUGAAUAGGCGGUUCCAAGAUCCCUUCUGGCCGAUCAACGAGUUCCUCGACGGAAGUCGAGGCAAGAUGCGCGACACUGUGCGCAUCCUCGACGAUUUCUGUUACAACCUCAUCGACGAACGCACGCGAGCCGGACGCAACACUUUCACGUCGGAGAAGGAGCACGAUAGUCAGACCGACUUGCUCUCGCUGUAUAUGAACAUCCGGGAUGAGCAGGGCAAACCGAUGAGCCGAAAGCAGCUGCGCGACGCCGUACUCAACCUUAUCAUUGCUGGACGCGAUACGACGGCUCAAGCCAUGUCUUGGACCAUGAUUCGUUUGCUACGCGACCCGAAAUGGAUCGAAUCAAUCCGCAAGGAGGCCGACGAGAUGGGUCACCUUGAGUACGAUACGUUCAAGCAUCUCCACAUGACGAACGCGGUGUUCAUGGAAGGUUUGCGCCUUUCACCGUCGGUGCCGAAGAACGGAUGGCAGGCCGUGAAGGACGAUCAGCUCCCCAACGGCGGCCCGUUCGUUCGCGCCGGAGAGUAUGUGCACUGGGGAGACUACUCGAUGGCACGAGAGGAGAGUAUUUGGGGACCCGACGCCAAGCAAUUCAACCCUGCACGCUGGAUCGAUGCUGACGGCACGGUUAAGAAGGUGUCCAACUACAAGGCCCACAUGUUCAAUGCCGGCUACCGGCUUUGCCUCGGAGUGAGUGCUAUUGGGAGCUGAUCUACCGACCCUUUGUAGACGCUGACCGAAGCGGUAUGUCGAAAGAUGGAGUUGGCCAAGUUUGAAGGUUGCCAUCUACUCACUACGAUCCUCAAGAACUUUGAUCUCGAGUUCGCCGAAGGCUACUGGGAGAACACCCCCAAGUUGGACACCGAAGACAUGCCCAAGUACCUCCCAUCCAUCACCCUUCAUCUGGUCAGUCACUUCGUUUCCUUGCUCGCGAUAAAUCCUGAACCGGUAUCUGAGGACAUUUUCUACAUGCAGGCGAAUCCUUUGAUGGUCCGAGCAACGGUCCGCAAAUCCGCCUGA